AUGGAGGUGAUUCAAAUUUCGGAUUCUCUACUUGAAGAGAAUACAACCAAAGUACAAAAUGUGGCUCUAAGAAUUGGAAUUUACAAUAGAUACCCCAACAACAUCGACAAGAUCAGUCCUUUUAAGAAAAAUACCGUGGGGAUUACUGUAGGAAGUGGUAAAAUUACUAAAAGAGAUGAUGGAGAACUGACAACUGGGAUGAGGAAACUGUUCGAAUCUGAUUUUUAUCAUUUUAAUGAUACUGAAUUUGUGAAUUGUCAUUGGACGAGACCAACAGUUUCCAUUCCAGUUUACAGUUGUCGAAAAGCUAGUUUUGUUGCUUGUGAAAACGUGAUUCCACCUCCGAAAACAACCACAAAACCAAUUCCAACGACGUCGGAAAAAAUUCAGAGGACAAAAGAUAAAAAUGUCACUGUGGUUCCUGAGGUCUCUCACGACUUCCAAGAAGAUGUUAGACCUACAGAACCUAGUUAUUUUCAUAUGGAGUUUUUGGAUGAGCAUAUCAUGUUUUUUGUCACUUUAUCUGGGUUCUCAGUUGCAUUGCUGGUGGCAUCAAUUGUGCUUCAAACUAUGAAGCCUUCUCACUCACUUUCGCUUUUUCUACUCUCGACGGCACCCCUUUGUUCGCUUUCAUCUACCACUAACCCCCUUCAUCACAUGACUUACUCUUCUACACUAUCUAAAAUCGUCAAUGUAUGUAUUCCUGAAAUUCAAACGGAUUUCUUUUUGUGGACAAUUACUGAUGCUCUUUCUAUUGAACAAUCAGACACAUCUUCAACGGAUUCACUGUUGAAAAUCUCUUCAAUAGAAAUAUUGAGCAGCGCCUUGAAGAAUCCAAAAAUCUCGGAUCAAGUGGAAGAGAUUCUAAAAUCUAAUCCUCUCGAGUUAUACAACAUCCACUAUAUCGAAAAGCAUCCAAUGUUGUUGAGUACCGCAUUGAAUCUCAGUUUUCCCGAAAAGACUGGAGUUCUUGGAGUUGAAAUCAGAAAUACGAUAUGUCAGCUCACCAGCGGUGACAGGGUUCUGGCAACCGUUUCAAAUACGGACUUCGAAUGGCCCACCUAUUUCGUCAAUUUUGCAUACUACAAGAAGCUGACCGAUUUUCAAGUUUCAGUUAUGGAAUCUAACAUCGAGACAAAAUCGGAAAAGUGCAAGAGAUUCAUCAAGCAUCUGCGGAAACAAAAGGAUCCAACCAUCAAUUCUUCGUCGUGCACCUUCGAAUGCUACACCAGACGGGAGUUUUAUUACAGUGGAGCAUACGGUAGUCACGUCUUCUUCAACAGAAUCUCAUCUCGUUCCGAUGGAAUUUGCGAACACGAAAGAGUUGUUUGA